AUGUCGUCAGAUACAUCAAAACUGUACCCCAACUGUGAUCCUUCAGUGUGGUUACGGUCUUGUGAGCAAGAAGUCACUGAGCCUUUGGAGGGACAAAUUACAGGAGAAAUCCCGUCGUGGCUCAAUGGUAGUCUCCUUCGCAACGGGCCGGGUUCAUUAAAGGUCGGAGAUAUGCGAUUCGAUCACCUCUUCGAUGGCGCAGCUUUAUUGCACAGAUUUGCGAUAAGUGAAGGUGCAGUGACGUAUCAGUGUCGAUUUUUACAAUCGCAAGCUUUCAAGAAGAACCAGGCGGCUGGACGCAUCGUCGUGUCCGAGUUCGGCACUGCGGCUGUGCCUGACCCGUGCCAUAGUAUUUUUGAUAGGGUUGCAGCGGUGUUCAAGCCCGGUGAAUGGAUGUCAGAUAACGCAAUGAUAUCCGUCUAUCCGUUCGGGGAUGAAAUGUAUGCAUUCACAGAGGCACCCUUCAUUCACAGAGUGGACCCGGUGACUUUGGAUACCCUGGAACGUCGCGAUCUGAUGAACACCGGCGGUAACGCAUUAGUCAACCACACCUCGCAUCCACACGUGAUGAAAAACGGUGACGUCUACAAUGUGGGCAUGUCAGUGGUCAAGGGUAGACUGCGGCACGUAGUCGUGAAGUUUCCAUAUGCAGAAAAAGGAGACAUGUUUGAAAGCGCACGUGUGGUGGGAACCAUGCGGCCUCGUUGGACGCUAUUCCCUUCAUACAUGCAUACAUUUGGUAUGACGGAGCAGUACUUCGUGAUAGUGGAGCAGCCGCUGUCGGUGUCGCUGGGCGGGCUCCUGCGCAGCCACCUCACGCAGCGGCCCGUCGCCGCCAGUCUGCACUGGUACCCGCACUACGAGACCCACAUAGUCCUCAUUAGCCGCAGCACAGGCGCCGAAGUGAAACGAUUCUGCACAGAGCCUAUGUUCUAUCUCCAUAUCAUCAAUGCAUUCGAGAGAGACGAUAAACUCGUCGUAGAUUUGUGCUCAUAUAAAGACGCUAAAGCUAUCGACGCUAUGUACAUUCAAGCGAUUGAGAAUAUGCAAAAUAAUGCUGAAUACGCUGAGUGGUUCCGCGGCAGGCCAAAACGUCUAGAGAUAUCAUUAAAUGCUCCAAAUCUCACGAAAAUAAAACCUGUACUAUUAGCGGACGUGGGAUGUGAAACACCGAGGAUAAACUACGACUUGCAUAAUGCACGUCCCUACCGAUACUUCUAUGCUAUCAGUUCCGAUGUAGAUGCCGAGUAUCCUGGUGCUGUAAUCAAAGUAGAUACCGAGACGGGUGAAGUGAAGACCUGGAGCGAGGCGGACUGUUACCCCAGUGAACCAAUAUUCGUUUCCGCUCCUGAUGCUAAGGAAGAAGACGAUGGCGUACUCUUGAGCUCAUUAGUGUUUGGAAGUAACACUCAUCGUGUAUCGUUAAUAAUACUAGCAGCUAAAGAUCUAACAGUACUAGGGCGUGCAGAUUUCUAUACUACUUCUCCGGCACCAAAAUGUUUACACGGCUGGUUUACUCAACAUAAUGUGCAGUCUAGUUCUAGCAAUUAA